ACUGAAGAUGGACGUCUUACGUGAGCGGGACGAAAAAGACAACCUAGACAGACAGCUUCACGAAGAACGAAAAAUACGCGCCAGUCUCCAGAAGAGAUUGAGAAGGGAGAAACGUGCUAGAAAAAGAAUGCAGGAUCAGCUGGAUGUGGAGAUGAAACGAAGGGUGCAGUUGGAGGAGGCUUUGAAAUCAUCCGGCGCCGCUGAACAAAUCAAUAUAAUUAACGAUAAGAUUGCUCAGCUCCAGCAACCGACUCAGCAACAGCAGCACCAAGUAGCUCCACCUCCACAACCACCUACUCCUCAUACUCCUCACACACCUCACACUCCCACAAUGAUACCUCCGCCUACACCGGAGAGGAUCAUGGAGAGGCCCGAUAGGAUCAAACAGGAGAUCGAGGAGAUGCCUCAGCAGUACGUCACACCAAGGGAUAUGCCUAGGGAGCAGCCCCCACCUCCUCCUCCGCCUAUGGAGAAUAAAGGGUGGGGGUAUUCCGGACUGGACCUGAUGAACAGUGGAGCGGCGUUCUGGCAGAAUUACUCCGAUUCUUUGGCACAAGAACUAGAAAUGGAGCGGAAAUCUAGACAGCAACACGUCGAAGGAGAGGUCAAAUCUCCCUUACAAGAUCGUUCAGGGUACUACAAGAACUCUGUCCUCUUCAGUAGCGCCACAUAAGAGUUAUUUUUUCCUUAUUAAGGAAACUCCAUGUAAAUAUCUCAAAUUUGUUAUAUUAAAAACGUUGAUUCGGCAGAUAAAAAACAACCAGAAUAUUCUGUUGCAACUAAUGAAAAUAAAAUUGGAUUCAAAUUUAUUUUUAGUUGCUAUGAAGUAUUUUGGUUGUAGAUUUUUAUCGGAUACGAAGUUUGUUUAUCAGUAUAACAUGAAUAUUAAUAAGUUUUGCUUCUUUUUGUCGACAGUUCACAAACUGGCCAUUUUAUAUUAUCACGAAGGUAUUGUACAAAAACAAUACAAAUAAUAUUAAUGAUGUACAGGAUAUAAUCGAAUAAAGCAUAAAAUAUCUUUCAGUUAUUCCUUUUAACGAAAAAGUAAUUUUUAUAGACUGUGUCUUUGAUAAGAAUGCACACUACAGAGAUCUCUCUAUUUAGUGAAAAGUUGCGCUUUGCUGAAAGCUACAACGUUAUGUUUUGAAAUAAAAAAAAACAAUUACUUCGGAAGAUAUUUAGGAAAAAAAAAUACAUCUUCAAUAGAGACAUGUUCAAUAGACGAUAAGUCUGAUGAGCUUGCGGGCCACGGAAGAAGAGUUAUAUUAGAUUUUCAGAGAAAUAAUCUGGCAUUGUCUUGCUGGAAAAUUUGAUCUUGCAGUUCCUGAAGGUAGGACAACGCGGCAGUUUUUAACACGUUAUUAAUUUAUGAAUGAGCGUUCGUGUUUCUGUCCAAAAUUUAUUUAUUUAUUUAGCGUAUGGCGUACAUGGAUUUAAUUACAACAUCAAAUGUAUAUAUUCAAACACAAUAUAACAUGUAAACAGAUUGUCACAAAUUGUAAAAAUAAAACUAGAUAUCUAAAAAGUUAUACACAAAACAUAUUACAAAAAGUACACUUAAAUUUUAAAAUCUAGGCUAUUGAUCCAGUUCAACACCGUGUCUGUGGCUUCAAAGAAAUCACUCGCUUCUCCUCCAUAUGCUGUAAGAGGGAAUUCAGUUACAAUGUGAUGAACAGUUUGACGUGGUUCUCCGCAGUCACAAGUCGGUGAUCCGGUCAGUCCCCAUUUAUAAAAAGAAUCACGACAUAUGCCAUGAGACGUUCUUACCCUGUUGAGUACCUUCCACUCGUGGCGGGGCAGCUCCAUCCCUGAUAGAGCUGCUGUAAAGUCGAUGACAUAAGCUGCUUGAUCUGGUUUCAAAGAGUCCCAGUACUCCCUCCAUUUAUCAUUUAUACUGAAGUUUUCUCCCAAAAGUUGUUCUGCUAAUAGUAGUGGGGGGAUCUAGACUUCAGUCUUCGCAGACGGGCAUCUGGCAAGUCGUUGUGGGCUGGAAGGUGGGGAUUUGAUAAUAUUUUCUGAUAUUCCUUAACGAAUCUUUCCUGUCUUCGAAUACUGGGAGGUGCAAUAUGACUCAGAGUGGGCAGCCAAGGUAGAGGUGUGCUUUUUAAAUAGCCGCUGACUAUUCUCAUAGUCUCAUUAAGUUUGGUGUCAAUUAUCUUUACAUGGCAGCUGUUUAGCCAAACUGGAGCGCAAUAUUCAGCAACUGUUUUAAGAGUGGAUGCAUUUGCGCCCCAAGUAGUACCGCAAAGUUUGUGUAUUAUAUUAUUUCUAAUAGUUAUUUUAGCUGCGGUAUUCUCUAGAUGCCUUUUAUACGAGAGUGUUCGGUCCAUUGUUACUCCUAGAUAUUUUGGAUAAGGGUUAUAACGUAGCAAGUUGUUAUUGAAGUAUACUUGGGGCUCCAGGCGUGC